UUAUGUUUACAGUGUGCAGAUGACGUCAGUGACAGCUGUGCCUCGAGCAGGCGCUGUCCGCGUGCGCGCACGUGCGUGUGUGUGUGUGUGUGUGGAUGAUUCAGCAGCUCGAGCAGCAGCAGACAGCAGCUCGUCCUCUGGACAUGUGCAACACAAACGGACUUCUGGCGGACAAACGACUUUAAUUUUGACAUUUAACGGCUCACAGGGCACGAGGAAGGUAACCGGCAGCCCGUGCAGGUGAUAAAUAACCGUCGGAGACCCCGUAGUGUUCACUUCUCACAGGCCGGAGAACGGCAGCGAAACACCGCAGGAGUCAGACCUCCCAGUGGAUUUUAUCAUCAGAUAUCUGGACUUUUAUCGGUUUGUUGUGUUUUUAUCAGACUUUCUCCGGCUGGAUUUAACCGAACACAUCCUCAGCUGCUUUCAUCCAACCAUCUCAACGUCGACGUUUCCGCAUUUUGACGCCUGAUGCUGCGUUUAUCCGGCAGCUCCUCUUCCUCAGUGUCUCCAUGGUGAAGUGGGCGGGGUCUGAUGUCAGCCCCUCCUCUCGUCGGCCCUCCUCCUGCCAUGCCCACCAUGGUUUCUAGGUUGCCCAAAUUCGGCUCGCGGCCCAAAGCCGCCGCACCUUUAUCUCAGAUGUGUUCAGCUCCCACCUCAAACGCUGGCACCUUCACCAGCGCCACCGCCGCCACCACCGCCACCAGCACCCGCCUCACCAACGGGUUCUACCACCACCCCGGCCCGGUCACCGCCGCGGCCACCUCUGUGAAACAGAACGGAUUUAUACGAGUGCCCACUUCGUUUUCUGUGAAAUGGAAGAAGGAGAACGGGGCGUUGGAGGACGGCGGGGGCGACGCAGAGAAGGAGUGGCGAAGAGGAAAAGGUGUCGGGCAGAAUCGGAGCGGCAACGCCCAUCAGUAUUAUCCUCCGCGGGAACACGGGUCGCCUCAGAGGUCACCGGCGGUGUCGCAGCACGACCUGAAGAAGCCAGCCACAUCCUCUGCGGGGAAGGGGCGUGGCUUUGGCCAGCCUGUGACAUCAAAAUCAUCAUCGCCAUCGCCACAGUCCAGCCCUCGAACGCUUCCUGUGUCUAAAAGUGGAUCUCACAGUUUCAAACCGAGCCAGGCUGCCUCGGGUCUGACCAACGGCACAAAGCAGACCCUCAACGGUCUCUCUGGAUCUAAACCACGGAGUGCUACUAACGGUUUCCUGAGGCAGCCUCAGAGCUUUGCACGUCCUGGCGGUUCCAGGCCGAGUUCUGGUCCUGGUUCUCGAUCCGGUUCUCCCCUCCAAAAGAAACCGCCGGCCAGCCGCUCGCACUCGAGCGACAGCCUCGGGCCCGCUCCAUCCGUCCAUCUGACUGAAAGUGAUCGGUUUCGCUCUCGUAGCCUCACCCAGGUACGGCGGCAGCCCUCCCCCACCCUCCCCCCUCCCUCCUCCUCCUCCUACUCUCGCUCCCCCGCCGCCACCCGCUCCUACUCCAACAACAGGGCUGCUGAGCGAGGCCUCAAAGAGCCCACCGCCUCCUCUGCUCAGGCUCCGCCCAGAGGCAGCGUGGCGAAAUCGCCUCCUGAGGGCGGAGGUAGAGGCGGAGAGGUCAAAGCUCAAAGGUCAGGGGUCGGCAUCCCCUCCCUGCUACCACCUUCUGCUUUAAAGAAGCCCCUCCUACCCAGCCUCAGCUCCGCCUCUAAGCCCAGCGGCAUCAGCUACAAGCUGUCCCGCCCGUCACUCAUGAAGCAGUCCCGCCCCCUCAGAGUGACCUCGGCCAACGUGGCGGGAGGAGACGCGGAGGUGAACGGAUGGAGGAACUCAGCGGAGACGCCGUCUACGACAGACAACAGCCCAGAAACUACCCCCGAGGCUCCAGAGACAGGGGGGCUGCUGACAGAGUUAGCGGCCCACAGAGAGCUGUCGAUUGUGGGGGAGACUCUGGAGGACAUGUCCCUGUCCUCCACUUCUUCUCUGGAUAGAAACGACACCAGUCAGGAGUAUAUGGACGACUUUGACAACCUCGGGAACGGAGGGGUGGGCAUAAUGCUUCUCUCCUCUAAAAACGAUGAAGACGACUCAGGGCUCGACCAAUCAUGUACCAGGUUUGAUGACGACAAGGUGGCGGUUAACGGUGUUACCAAGGCGACUGGGCUGUGUUUCCUGGACGACAGUAUGGACUGGGCUGGCGUGAGACUGAGUGGUGAGCGAGGAGAGCAUCAGCUGACCCGGCUCUCCCGCCGGAGAAGGUCCAGUCAGCCGGAUUACCACGACCAGGGCGGCUCGUCUCUGGACUUGUCCCCCUCAGACAGCUGCGGAUCCGGGGGAACCUACAUGUGGGACGAGGAGGGUCUGGAGACGCUGGGAGGCGCCGCCACCACCGCCUCCAUCCACACCAACGGAAACACCACCCACCACAUCGGGAGCUUCGACUCCGACCUCAACAGCAUCGACAUCUUGAACAACCUGGAGUCUUGUGAUCUUGAGGAUGACGACCUCAUGCUGGAUUCAGACUUCCCAGAAGAGGCCUCUCUGCACAGCGAUGCAGAUGGGAUGUCCCACAUGGCUCAGUGGAGGAGGAGACAGCUCUGCUGGGGAACGCAGGACAUCCACAAUGAAAAUGAAAGGUCUCCCUGCCUGUCUCCUGGUACUCCUGGUCUGGGUCUGGACGUGGAAGAACUGGCUGAAGAUUGUUCUGCAGUCAGAUCACAGCUGGAGUACCUGCAGAGGUUACUGCUACAGGAGGAGGACGUGGACGAUGACACUUUGACCACAGACACUCUGAGUCCUGAGGCUGCCGACUCCUCGCACAGCUCAAACGCACAGGUGCAGGAUCUCCUGCAGGAGGUGCAGCAGCUCAGGGAGGAGCUGAGAAGCCGAGACCGAACCAUCGCACAACUCACCCUGCAGCUGACUGUUCCUGUGGUGACCAACAGGUGUUGUUGCCAGGAGACGACGGGACGAAUGGAUCAACACACACAGACGAGUGUGACGGAGAGAGAGAGCGUGGCCUCGCAGACGCCCUGGAGAGUACACACUUCACAGAUACUUCACUCCUCCAGCCAGGAAGACCAGGAACCACUGACGGACCGAGUCCCAGCUCCACCUGCAACCCGAGCGCCGCCUCCAGCUAACUCCUGCUCCACCCGCCCCGAGACCCCCGCCGACAGCGUCCCCGAUACCGCCGACCGCACCGCCGAUGACGGAAAAAGAACGACGACGACAACGAAGGAGGAGGAGAAAGGAGGAGAGACGAAGGGGAGGAGAGGAACCUACAUCAGAACCCUCCAGCUCCCUCAUCCGUCCAAACUCCGCCUCUUCCUGUCUCAGACGUCCAGCUCUGCUGCCGCCGCCGCCGCUUCCCCUCCGAAGAGCAGGGCGGCGCCGGCCUCCACAUCUGGCUCCGGCUUGUCCCGCCUCCCCAAGCCGAAGAACCACUGAGCGAGCGAGCGAGCGAGCGUCCGACGCCAUCUUCCUAACACGCAGCGAUGCGAUCGUCAUGGAAACGACACAGCCAGUAGUGUUUCAGUGAAGCUUUUACUUUCUGAUGAUUUCACCUGCAAACUGGCGCCGCUGGUGGAAAAUUUAAACUUGUACUGGUUUCUUCCCAACCUGUGACAUGAAUAUACUGGUACUGCUGUCAUGUGAUCGAGUGAGAUCAGAAUAUAAACACUUUAACUUA